GCCGGGCAGGGCCCCUCCCGACCGCGACCUCCUGUCCGCACCGUAGGGCGGCCGGCCGGGCCAGCCUCCCUCACAGGACUACCGAGGAAGAGAUAGGAUUUCACUCUGUCACCCAGGCGGGAGUGCAGUGGCGCGAUCAUAGCGGGGACUACAAGUGUGCACCACAUGCUUGUCUACGAACCUGAAGUAUUCUGAUGCAGUGGAGAGAGUGUAGAACUCUGGAGUGAAGAGAUCUGCCUGGAACCCUGACUCUAUCACUAGGAGAUUCCUUGGAAUGAAACCAAUGGGAGUCCAGGGUUUGGGAGAGUCUCAUCAGAGCAGAUGGGCCAGCAGCAGCCAGAACGCUUGUUGCCUUUGGCUGAGAACACUAUCCUGGAUCUGAAUGUCUUCUUUGUCACUCCAAGAGAUGGCCCUGGGACUGAGAAGUGGAUGGCAGCUGUGACAGCAGGAGAGGACUGCCUGAGGCUCCCCGGGCAGAGGCUCUGGUGCCGGGUUAGCAGCAGGACCGACGGCAGACCCAGCAGCCAGAGAGUGAAAGGCCAGCUUCUCAGACCCCCUGGCCUGCUCCAUCCCGUCAACUCUCCCAGGAACUACCAGCACCCACCUAAGGGACACCAGCCGCCCUGUGAAAGGACAAGCCAGAGACCCCUGGAGAUCGGAUGUGGAAGGAUGUGGGGAGCUGCCUGGUCCUGUCUCCCACUGCCGCAGAGGGACAUGAGGGAUGGAGCAGGACUGGCAACCUGGAGAGGAAGUCACUCCUGGUCCUGAGCCCUGUUCAAAGGGCCAGGCUCCCCUCUUACCCCAUUGUCCAUGUGACAGAGCUCAAACACACAGACCCCAACUUUCCCUCCAACUCCAAUGCUGUCGGCACCUCAAGUGGCUGGAACAGGAUUGGCACGGGCUGCAGCCAUACCUGGGACUGGAGGUUCUCCUGCACCCAGCAGGCCCUUUUGCCCCUACUAGGAGCCUGGGAAUGGAGCAUUGACACAGAAGCAGGAGGAGGAAGGAGAGAGCAGAGGCCAGAAACCCUGCAGAAACGGAGGGCCUGCAGCAGCUGGAGAGGGCUGAGUCCUCCCAAGCCCCUGCUUUCCAUGGGGCACUUGCCAGGCAGCCAUUCACAAAGUGUGUUGUUGGCAGGGAUGCACCAGACCAGCUCUCCUGGCACCAUCCCUGGCCACACUCAAGGAACACAGUUAUCCCUGAUGCUCUUGGCCUCUCUCCCUGAGCAGUACUCACCAGGGCCCACCUGACUCACGAUAGCCCCUGCCCAACAGGUACAAGUGGAGCUGGUGCUGGCCCCGGGCUGCCUCCCACCCAGGUGCCUGGCCUGUGGCUCCAAGGUGGACUCCCAGGCCCAGCACCACCAGCAGCAGCAACAGGCGACUGUCCAGUGAGGCCCAGUGGGCCACUGAGGAGCCGCCUCUACCCAGGGAUCCUGCCUCCCACCACGGCCCUCUCUAGGGCAUCUGCAUUGAAGGAUGCCACAGCCUUCUGCCAAUCUGACCAUCCCAGGCUAGAAGGCUGAUGCAGCCCCAGACCACGCUCCAGAUUCAAGGGCCUUGCUGGGGGCAGACAAGGUGGAACAUAACAUGUCUGCCAAAGUGAGGGAGGACUCCCCAGUCCCAUCACCCAGAGCCCUGCUGGUGGGGUCAAAUCAUCGGCGCCCGCCUCAGGGGCUGGACUGUUGCCAUGCCAGCUGGGAUGCCCAGUUUGGGAGAAGCCUGACCAGGGCCUCUUUGGCAAGGCUUCCCUGGCAGCCCUGGGUACCUGCCUGUGUACCCCCGUUCUCAGGGUCUCCCCACCUUCUGUGCUGUGGGUCCCCAUGCUAAACAGCACUAGAUACCGAUAACCUUCUUGACUAUACUGAAGCCACCUUCCUGCUGCCCACCAGCCUCAGUGACAGCAACAGACCCCUCUGCCCAGGCCGGCCUCACACGGGGCUAAAGACACCCACGGCUCCUGCCAGCAGGGUCCACACAGGCCACCUCGCUGCCCGUCCUCUCCCUCAGCCCCUCCUUAAGCACUCCUGCAGGCUCUCCCAGCUGCUGCCAGCACAUCCCGGGUGAGGCUUGCCCGGACCCACAGGCAACCUGGGCCCCUGCCAAGCCAGAAUCCACUCUCAGCUGUGCCUUUCUCGGCCCUGAGCAAAGCAGAUCGGUGGAGUCAGAGGCACCUUUGGGGCAGACAGGGGAAGAGGAGUGCAUUCCUUGGGGAAAGGUUGGGAGCUACCCAGCCGUAGGCUGGCAAAUCAGCUCCUGGCCGGGGGCACCCUGACUUACAGGCUUUGCCUGAUUUCUGUGGUGUAAAUUCUCCCCUUGUGCCCAGUUUCAAGCUACUAAUGUGUCGUGGACCGUAACUGGGGAGCAACACAGAGUCAGCUGGCCACGAUGCCAGUCACUGCUGAGCUGCCAAACCUUACGCGUCCCAGGGGGCACCUGCCUAGAGGCCAGGCACUGCACUGGACCCUCAGACACAGCUUGUGCAGCCUGCUUAGGAGCUUGGGAAAUGACUGUCAUCUGUGAUCUUGCUGGUCCCAGGAAGCCCAUUUUACAGAUGAGGAAACUGAGGCCCAAAGGCACGAAGCGACCUCUCUCAGCCUCACCAAGAGCACUGGAAGGUGGUGUAGGGCUGGGGCCGUGCGCACAGAGAGCACAGCAGCAGGAAGGCUCCUGGGCCUCCAGCUCCCCUCCCUCAGAAGCCUCCCAGAGUGACAGGAAGGUCAGAGGCCCCGGGGAGGGGGCGGGGCCAGGAUCUGGCAAUUUCCUAUCCCUCUCUGUUGGCUCUGUGCAUCUAAUUAAUCCUUGAGUCAUCUGUUGCUAACCAGGAGGGGAAAUUAAAUAUUAAUAAUGUAAUACUUCUCUGUGAUUACCCCUUGUUGGGGACAGAUCAGAGGGCAGAUGCUGCCCCAUACAGACAGGGGACACAUGCUGCGGAAUGUGCAUAAUGCCUCUUGAAAGAACCACCUUAUAGGAUUCCACCCGGUCAGACUCAAAACUGCUGCUGCUUCCUGCCUUCCUCCUCACCUCCCCCAACCUGGCCACUUUAAUUAAAACUCCAUUUAAUCAAAACCC